GGAUUCAUUAAUUAUAACAACAAAAUAUUUUGUAUUGCUUGUAAGUUCUUAUUAUGGAAAGCAAAAUGGUUUUUAAAUUCAUUGUAUUAGUAUGCGCGUUAGCUGCGGGUGUAACUGCGUAUCCAGGUUAUUAUGGCAAUGCACAAGAAGAAUAUAGUGGUCAUGGAUUACAAAAUGUUCAGUACGGUGGUUAUGCAGCUGGUGGCGAACAUUUGGCACAUGUCGAACAGCAUGAAAGCAAAGAGGAAGAACAUGAAGAUUUAUAUGCCUACCCCAAAUAUAAUUUCAAAUAUGGAGUAAAUGAUUAUCAUACCGGAGAUGUCAAAUCUGCUCAUGAAGAACGGGAUGGUGAUGUUGUUAAGGGGCAAUAUUCGUUGGUGGAAGCCGAUGGUUCUAUCCGUACUGUUGAUUACACCGCUGAUAAACAUAAUGGUUUCAAUGCGGUAGUAACAAAAACAGCCGCAGCACAUCCACAUCAUAGUGGAUAUCAAUCAGAACACUCACAACAACAAGAAUCACACGAAGGACAUUAUUAGAAGUAAAUUGAAAACCACCACGAUAUUAAUUAUUAAGUUGUAUCAACUGAAUUGAAG